GGUUGCAAAGAGCAUGAUUCAAGCACAUGGGCCCCUUUCCUCAUCCUUCUGGUAGGUAUUUUCCCCCACUUGCCUACCAGGGUUUAAAAAAAAAAAAACCUUUUGCCUCUUCCCCCACGGCUGGCCUCCGCCUUUCGUUCCACUCCCAAAAGCCAGAAGAGGAAGAGGUACAGGAAGCAAAGGAUGUUGCCAAGAUGAAGAGAUGGUCUCAGAGGCAGCAUCCUAACUUAGUGGAAGAUCAGAGGGCGGGAAUCUCCCAGAGACACGACCACCUGCUGGGGGGAGGGGGCUUUUCUGAGCACAGCCCAGCUCAGGCUGCCUCCCAGAGGGAGGUACUAGUGCCAUGGAUAUUUCCCGCUACCUUCAAAGAUAACACCAAUUACCCCACCACUGAAAACAGCAGAACUGUUCCAUCGACCUCACCUGCCACCUCUGAAGGGAACUACAGAUACAGCACCCCAGAGAACAGGAGAACAGGCUGCCCCAUUCGGUGGGAUCUUUUUGAGGGGAGAUGCUAUUUCUUCUCCACCAACGAAGAAAACUGGAACAAUAGUCAGAGUCGAUGCUUGAAUGAAGGGGCUACACUGGCAGUUAUCAACAACAAAGAGGAGCUGAAGUUUCUCCAGGACAGAGCUGGCUUCGAGGUGUAUUUCAUUGGCCUUCGAUACCAGCAUUCACAAAAAAGGUGGAAGUGGAUCAGUGACUCAGGAUUCACGUUCAACUUUACAAACUACAUACCAAAUUUUGACUGCGUGACUAUAGGGCUCAGUCUACCGGACAAGUCAUCUUGUGAGAUUUCCCGUCGAUGGAUAUGUGAGAAGAGAGCCUCGUAAUCCCCAUUAUUUUGGCACAACUCCCUAAGGUGAGGAGAGAGGGAUGUGCCUCCCACACACACACUAAGGUCAAGGAGAGAAGUGCCUCUCAAACCUCCUCUUCACUGGGUGGAACACCUGUGAAAUUUUAAAGCUAUCAAGGACUCCGGACUCAAAAGAGAGGGCAUUGGUUAGAGGCAGAAAUGCCCAGGACUUAGAAAAAGAGAUUUGAAGGCAGAGGUUCAUGAGAAAAAAAUUCAAUAGGUGCCUUCUAUUUUUCUACAAACUUGCUCAUCCUAAGCUUAUGUACUUUAUUUUUUUUAUUUUAUUUUUUUCUUAAUUACCUGAUAAAACUUUUCCACACCGC